AUGUUUGAUGUAAAUUAUAAUUAAAAAAUAUCCGUUAAUAUAUAAUGUAGAGACGCCGAUCAAUUUCUAAGAGCAAAAGCUUUGACAGUUCCAGAAAAAGUGAACUUGGAUGAUUUUCAAUUCCAUAUGGUAGAAGAUUAGUAGAGCGACUUAAAGAAAGAUUUAGAUUUGAAUGAAAGACUGCGGAUGGAAGGCAGUCAGGCAAAAUAUAAUUAUUUUUUGAAAUAGAAUUUAUUUGAGAGUAAAUCACAAUCAAGUUUAUUUGUUUAUUAAAGAUAACCAUCUAAAUAUAAACCCUAUAUAAUUAAUAAUGACUGUCCUUCACCUGUUAGAAAAAUAAACAAAACGCCAUAUAAGGUAUUAGAUGCUCCUAAGUUAAAAGAUGAUUUUUAUUGUUAAUUAGUAGACUGGAGUAUAGGUAAUUAGAUAGGAGUGGCAUUAGAAAAUUCAGUAUAUUCAUGGAAUGCUUAGACUGGAGAGACAACACAAUUGUUAGAGAUAGAGGCUCCUUCAUAUAUCAGUGCAUUGAAAUGGUGCAGUAGAAAUGAAUUGAUGGCAGUGGGUGAUGAUAACGGAGCUGUUAGAAUAUAUGAUAUCAACAAAGGAACCAUUUUGAAGACCUACGAAAACCAUCACAAAAGAGUCGGUUGUUUAGAUUGGAAUGGCUUAUGCAUCACAAGUGGUAGUGGAGACAAGACUAUUUUAAUGUAAGAUAUUAGAACUGAAAACGAUUGUGAAAUUGCUUUGUAUUCUCAUAAACAAGAAGUUUGCGGACUCCAAUGGAAUUAAAAUGGAUCUUACCUAGCUUCAGGAGGCAAUGAUAACAAUGUCAUUAUACAUAAUAUCAGGAUGCCGAACCAACCCCUUUAUGUGUUCAGAGAUCAUUGUGCUGCAAUCAAAGCCUUGGCAUGGUCCCCUAAAUAAAAUAAUAUUUUAUGUAGUGGCGGAGGCACAACGGACAAAACAUUAAAAUUUUGGAAUAUUUCCAAUGGAUUACUACAAAAGAGUGUAGACACUGGCAGUUAAAUCUGUAAUGUGAAGUGGUCCUUCAAUACUAACGAAAUAGUAACUUCUCAUGGUUAUUCCCUCAAUUAGAUUGUGGUUUGGAGAAUGCCAAAAGUAGAGAGAAUUGCUGUUCUUCAUGGCCAUUCAUUAAGAGUGCUCUAUCUAUCACUGAGUCCUGAUGGAGAAAACAUAGUGACAGGCAGCGGAGAUGAAACUCUUAGAUUUUGGAAAUUGUUCCCUUAAAAGUGCGAAAGUUCAAUUUCUUCUCGAACUUCACUUUUUAAUCAAAUCAACUUAGACAUUAGAUGA